AUGAUGGCCCGUCGAAGCCCAGCAGCCGUGCUCGUUGUCUUGAGCAGCUUGGCGGCCUACUGCAGCCUCGCGGGAUAUGGCUCACAGAGUUUCGCAGGGCUCCAGUCCAAUCGUAGCCCGCGUGAUGAGAGCGCCAUCGCAAUGGGCGACAAGGUCACGCGAGCAAAAGGCAAAGAGCGACGUGGCAAGUGGCAGAGGCAGAAUGUCGACACUGUAGAGAUCGAGGGCAAAGAGAUGCCGGAGGUGUUCCAGACCUUCCUGUCGCCCGAGGAAGCAGACACGCCGUUCGACAUUAGGCAAGCCACCUCGGAGACUGUCUCGGUGAAGUUCGACAAGAGGCCCUACGGCAUUGUGCGAUGGCAGCCCGGAAAGGACUUCAAGGGUGCUAUGGUGAAGGAUGUUGCGCAUGGCGUUUACGUCGGAGAUCCUCUGGGACAAGCCAGAGCCAAAGGCAUCAAGCCGGGUAUGGUCGUGAAGAGCAUCGCGGGCCAGGACGUCAUGAACGAGGAGUUCGACGUCAUCAUGAAGAAGCUGGGGGAUGAAGCCCUUGGCUACAACAUCUUCGGUGUGAAGUUUCCCCUGGAAGUAGCUCUCGAGCGAUACUAUCUGCCGAAGUUGGUGGAGAAUGGUGCGGCUCACCCAGUCAUCGACAGAGUGAUCCAAGCUGCGCAAGUUCCACGAGAUCGUCGGUCACACCGCUCAAAGCACCGGCCAGGUGGCAUCAGUCACACAUCUUCGUUGCCCUCAAUCCCCAGGGUGCCUUCGGCAGCUGUCCACGUGUCGAUGUCAGCCUCGCGCUCUGCAUCCUCGCGUCAGAUGGUCGGGCACAGGCAAAGCGUAAACCCGCCGAUCGGCAGCGGCCGAGGCGCCGCGUGUCAGGAGCCAUACAUCGCCGGCCCUCGGGUCCAAUGGGGUCCGGUGGCGCAGCUCUUCGCAAGAGCCGCUCAACCUGUCCGGUAA